UUGGGAAAUGUAUUCGAUAUCUCAUCCUCUUUACAUACUUUGUCAGGUUACAAAUUUGCUUAGUGAUAUUUAUUUUUUUAUAAGUCGGUAAAUCAAAAUGGUCUGCGGAGACGCAAGAACUAGGGCUGCGGCGGUCGGAGUAUUUGCCAUAAUAUUCGUAAUUGUCCUUUUACUUUUGAGUGCAUUUUAUACUGGAGAGAUCGAAAGAGACUGGGCCUACUACCUUCAAGCAGUUCUCUGGUUUCUGAUUGUUCCAACCGCCGUUGCUCUGCUGAUUGGGCUCUAUUAUGAAAAUAGUUUUAUUGUGAUGGUAUGGCUAAUUGUGGCUUCUGUGAUCGGAGUCAUUUUGACCAUUUUGCACAUCAUAGCUCUAACGCAACUAAUUGACGAUAAGGAUAUUAUUAUCAAUUCGAUUUUUUUUAUCAUCCACAUCGUUUUUUUUGCGUGUUGUGUUUGGUUUCCAUAUAAAUUCUAUAGCACGAUCUCUGACUCUGACCCUUACUAGACCGCGGCCAUUACAUAGUGAAUGUGAUAAGGACUCGUACUUUAUAAUAAGUACAAAAAUUGUUGAUUUUCGAACUUAAUAAAUCUUGAAGUUGGCGCACCGAGUAA